UGCGACGCAACAGCAACAUGUACCACAAAUUUGUCAUCGCCCUGCUAUUGGUGCUCCCUACCACACCGUACCAGAUCGUUUGCGUGUACGAUGCGUGCACCAUAUCCAACAUCGACAUCAACCGCGACGGACUGUACGCCUUCUCGUUCCUCACCAACGAAACACAGACACUGAUUUUGAAGCGUGCCACUGGAAAGCGGUUCGAUUUUUCCUUCCUUCAAAUCAUCCCCACGCUGGAGUUGAUUGUGCUGGAGCACUGUAAGUUUGAGGAGCUAGUGAUGCUUCGUUUUAACAUACCAGCAUCGUUAGUGUUGCGAUACGUUUCUCUCAAGCACAUUCGGUUCCACGCUAGCGAUAGUACACUCAAAGACAUUAGACUGUUCCGAGUGCCGUUCAAUGUUAUCCCGCGAACGGUGCUCAAGUUGCGACAGCUAGUGGACCUGGAACAGUGUCGAUCUCGGAUGAGCCAUCUUCAGCUGAGCGUGCUCCGGAACCUCGAAAGCCUCGCGAAUCUUAACCUGUCCUACAACAAGAUAAGAACCGUAACCGUCGACACAUCGGGCGAUUGUUGCGCACAACUGAGGAGCCUUAAUUUGGUGGGCAACAUGUUGGUGCGCUUCAAUUUCGGUGUACUAAUCUAUCUGCAGCGGCUGGAGCGCGUUUUUCUCGGACACAAUCACAUCGCAACGAUAAACACGCAGGAGAACCAUAGCUAUUUACCUAAGGUCGAGUUUUGUUCGUGGAAAAACUAUUACCUGGCGUUGGUAGGAGACAACGCUACCAAUCCGAGGCCUCCACAGUGCCACGAUUACUUUGCCAACCUUAAGCUAAUAACACUUAACCACAACAGACUUAUCCGGAUCGAUUUGAGUAAAUUUGAGCGCAUGAAUGUGCUGGCUGAUCUGGACCUGGCGUUUAAUGACAUUAAAACUAUUGAGAUAGCCAAAGGCAGACUGCCGAUAUCGUUAAACAUGAGUGAGCUUAAGGGCAGUGCUGGGUAUUUGCACGACUUAUCACCGGAUGUGUUUUCUGAAACGCAAUAAUAGCGGGGUUUAAAGUUAAAAACUU